AUGCAUUUCGACAAGCACCGAACCAAGAGCCAGACGUGCAACCUUUUCGUUUAUGGUAUGGCUGGCUGCUUGCAGGAAAUGAGGUGUUGGAGCGUCCAGCACAUCGGCAACAUUGUGUCCAACCUCUACCAGGGGAAGGACAAGAAUGGGACACUGAUCAUGGAUAGCGAGGGCGACCUCGGUGAGCCACAGCUCAUUGGAAAUCCCGAGAGUUUGAUGUUCUUGAACAUCAGCUCCUACGCUGGUGGGAAGGCGCAGCAUGAGUGCGACAUUGGUGUGGAUCCACCCCCGGCGGAGACUUCAGUGAACGUCGUCCAGGAUCCCGGCGACGGAAAGCUGGAGGUGGUGACACUGCCUUUGAUUGCAAACAUCGCCAUGGACAAGCUUGUCCAUCAGGCCCGGAAGGUUUGCUCUGGCGGGCCCUACUUCCUUGAGUACUUUCAGAAUGAUGACGAUGUCCACUGCUUUUUCGAGGUAGACGGAGAGUUUUACCACGCAGUGAACCCUGAGAGCACCUCUGUGUACUUGUACAAGAAGCUGCAGGUGCUUCAGAGAGUGCCUACCGGCGACACCUCUGACGAGGACUGGUUUGAUAUCCCUGAAGUCACUUGCUGA